UUCGUCAAGACCCUCACGGGUAAGACGAUUACCCUCGAGGUCGAAUCCUCGGACACCAUCGACAAUGUCAAGGCCAAGAUUCAGGACAAGGAAGGCAUUCCUCCUGACCAGCAACGUCUCAUCUUCGCCGGCAAGCAGCUCGAAGACGGCCGCACCCUGAGCGACUACAACAUCCAGAAAGAGUCGACUCUCCACCUAGUCCUCCGUCUCCGUGGUGGAAUCAUCGAACCCUCGCUCAAG